AUGACACAAGAAAAAAUCGGGGCUCUCGUAAAAUUGUUAUUGCAGCCACAGCUCACAUCGAUUGUGCCUAACACAUCAAUCACCACACCGGACUAUCCGCCUUUAUCAUGCACAGACUGCGCUUUACCUCAACACUACGGAUUUAUUGAUUCAGACUCAGAACCUAGCCAUUUAUCUCAACUUUGUGCCGCAAAUGUUGUAUCUGGUCUUGAUAGCUUACAUCAGCCUCACAUUAGUGAUUCUAGAUCUCAACAAUCUCCUCAACUUCAUCAACCUAAUAAUUCGUCUCAGCUCAAUGUCACCAAUUCUGUUGAUCCUGACAAUUCAUUUCGACUAAAUAACAAUUCUGAUUCUACACUCAAUUACUCGUCUCAGAAUAUUGUUACCGAUGUUACCAAUUCUAAUCGUUCAUUUGGACUUUAUGUUAGCGAUCCUUUUGUUGCUCCUGAUUUCCCGUCUCAACUUUACGUCUCUAAUUCUGGAUAG